AUGACAGUUCGAGCUGCCUACGAGUCAGUCUGGUUGCGUGAAAAUGUGGUUGCCGUCCACGGACGAAAUGGUGUCGACUCGUUGGCACUGGCGCUGUGCUUUGUCGUGUUUUGGAGUCACUGCAUCAUCCUGAUGGCGAUCGACUGCUCAAAACCCACGUGGGCUCAAAAGUACAAAGUGCAGCACGACAAGUUUGCCACAGCGGACAUGAUGAAAAAGGCGGUGAGUGUGGCGCUGCUCAACUUAGUGGGGAUCGCCCUGCCCAUGGCACUCGUUUUGGUGAAAAUUGGCCUGCCGUGGAGAGGAACAGCGUCACACGGGCCGCUGCCAACAUGGCUCUCGGUUCUCGUGGACUUUUCCUGUUUUCUGAUCGUGGAAGAAGUCUUAUUCUACUACGCGCAUCGCUUGAUGCACACCAAGGUAAUGUACGCUGCGUAUCACAAGAAGCACCACGAGUUUACUGCACCCAUCGGCGUCGCUGCUAUCUACUGCACACCCGUUGAGAUGGCAGUGGUCAACGUGCUGCCCGUGAUAGCUGGGCCCUUGUUGAUGGGGUCGCAUGUCACGACGACCACGGCUUGGUUUUGCGUGGCCCUCAUCAACACAGUGCAAACCCACUCUGGGUAUGACUUUCCACUUAUGGUGGCGUGCCCAGUCGCACAUGAGCACCAUCAUGAGACGUUUACGGAGAACUUUGGGUUGGUCGUCGAGGGGGGAUGGCGGGCUUUUUGA